UCGACGAAAUUGCGAUGGUCGUACCAAGAUAACUAAAAACUCAUCAGAUCAUCACAUUUAGCUACAUUUUAUUAUAAUUAUGAGAGGGGAGAAAUCAAUUAAUAAAGAAAUUGUUGGUCAAAUUUAAUUUUCAUUGAUGGCUUGAUACUAUUUUCGAAAGCUAUUGACAUAAAAACAACAACAAAAAAUGAUUCUGUUUGUAAUUUUAUGCGCCACUGGUCUUUUAUCUUUGGGACAAGCUAUCAAUCUCGACGUACAUGCUCUUUAUGGUGUCAUUCCUCAAAUGAGUGCCUCAAACAUCGCUCCUGCAGUAGAACUCGCCAUCGAAGAGAUCAAUCGUCGUGUCGAUGAUCACGAAUACAAUAACUUUUCAAUAACUGUUCAUCCUUACGUCAGUCGUUGCUUUGUGAGUUUGACAGCCAGCGCCAUUGCCGCGGAACAGUACUACAACGGCGAUGGUCGAGUGGCAGCGUUUCUUGGACCCUCUUGUAGCGGUCUAAUGAGAGGUGUUGCUGAAUUGAGUGCAAUAUGGGGCGUCCCAGUACUCUCUGGACUAACUACAUCCUUAGAAACAUCGGAGAAGCGAUUUUACAAAACAUUGACGAGAUCCACUCUUAUAUUAGCUGCAGGAUACGGCUAUGCUGUUGAGACUUUGGUCAAUCAAUUCAAUUGGGGAACAGCGGCAUGGUUAUGGAUAGGAAGAGGAUAUCAGGUGGUUCACGUUUCAGCUGGUAAACGUCGUUUCGAUGAAAUAGGCGUAACAUAUAAAGAAAUCCUUACAUUGGACUAUGCAAGCACAGAACUAGCAUUGGAAGAUACUAUUUCAUCCGCGAGAGUCAUCUUCAUGGCCGUGGAUGGAGAUACUUUACGAGAGAUCAUGCUCCAUGCCUACGAUUUAGAUCUUAUCAACGGAGACUACGCUUUCAUUAACAUCAUCCCUUUUCGAGAUGAACAGUUGUUCGGGAACGACUCAUGGAAGCGUGGUGAUGAUCGCGAUGCAGAGGCCAAGGUCGCUUAUCAAGCUUUGAUGACGAUUCGUGUUUUUGAGCCUACGUCAGAAGCUUACCGAGAGUUCGAACAAAAUGUCAUUGAAAGGCAAAAAAGAGACUUUAAUAUUACUGAUUCCGACUCUGGCUCGAAUAUCUUCUUGGCUUCUGCAUUCUAUGACGUAAUGAUAUUAUAUUCAUGGCAAUUAAUGAAACAAUCGCUGAGGGAGGAGAUGUAUAUGACGGUCAUGCUGUUACCAAGAAAAUGUGGAACAGGACAUUCGACGGUCAGUUCUUACUUUUUUUGA